AAACAAUUAGAUAAUCAGCUGUCAAGAAGUUAUGACUUAUAUUAUUUCAUGGCUGAAGUGUAUCAGUUAGUUUUAAAGAAAUGUUAAACCGUUAUAACAACAAGAAAUGCCGUUGAAAUCACAAUCUCAUAGAAUAUAUUUGCCAAGAAAUGAAUCUCUUCCUUUUGUACAAUAUUCAAAGAAUGAUUUAACUCCUGUGAGAAGAACAAAAUCUACAGGUGAUCAAAUAACUCCGAAUUCAUCAUGUGUUGUUUUAAUCUCAAAUGGAAAAUGUAAUUCAUUACAAGAUACUAUGACUGUUGAAAAAGUAUUGAUGGCAUAUAUUGUUGAUACACUAAUUGACUGUUUUAAAUAUCAACAUUUUACUAACUAUGAAAAUUCUCAAUUCCUUCAACACAAUAAACCAUAUAUACAAACAAUUGACACUGAAGUUAAACCUUCUACCAAUUUGUUGUCUACAACACAAAUUAAAUCCAAUAUUAACCAAAAAAUAAAUAAGUAUAAUCCUUUAAUAUACAAGAAUUCUUUAAAAAAGGAUUAUGAUUUUCGUAGGAAGGAAUAUUCUUCACAAAUAACAACUUAUUGUAAUAAGAAAGCAUACACUAAUGUACUUCAAACAUAUCAUACAAAAAAUCAUUCUAGUAAUACUUGUAAUAAUGUCGAGUCUACAAUUUCAUGUAAUCAUAAGUUAAAGGAUAAAUUUCCAAAGCCUAUUGCGUCAUCAUCAUCAUCAUCGCAACCGCACACUGAUAGUCAUACUUAUAACAGUGUUCAUUUCUGUAAACAUCGAAAUCCUGAGUCUAGACCAAUAAUUCAACAUUGUUUAAAACCUUCAACUCUACCAAUUUCUUCCAUACAUCAGAACAUUCUUAAUGGUAAUAAUAAGCAGAAAUUUAGUAUGACCUGUAUAAAAUCGUCUACUAGUAAUCAGUCAUUAAAACCAUCAUUGAUAAGUUUAUCUCCUAGGAAUUAUUCAUCCUUUUCUACUUCAAAUAGAUUGAUUAAUGAAGGCACUGCUGUCUAA